AUGAAUAUAGGUGAGAAAUUUCUAGUCGUUACUAUUGACAAUACAGCUAAUAUGAUCUCUAUAAGAAAUAUUUUAGAACAAAAAGCCAUUUUCGAAUUUAAAAAUGAUAACUUACAAUACUUUCGUUAUGAAGCUCAUAUCUUGAAUCUCAGCAUAGAAGAAAGGAUUAAGAAAUUUUCUAUAAAACUUCAAAACUCAUCUUCAUUACUUCGUGAUCUAAAAAAUAUUUGUGACAUGAAAAAAGUUUCAUUUUUAAUGUCUGAAGCUGAUGUAGAAACCUGCUGGAAUAGCAUGUAUCUUAUGUUAGAAAAACUCUAUAAGCUUCGCCCUAUAACUGAUAUUCUUAUUGCGAGUAUUAAGACAUUAAAUUUAAAUUACUCUACAGAGCAAGAAUGGAACAAUGUAUUACCUAUAUAUCACAUAACUGUAAUGUUAUUGUCUUUAGCAUUUCCUACUCAAGGUGACCUAUGUAUUAUAUUCUAUAAUCUUCUUAGACAUUUGGCUAAAUAUACAAAUCCAGAACUUAUCACUCAAUUUGCAGUGGCCAAUGCAAUUAAGAACUAUGGUUCGGACAAUUAUGGCAAGCUUCCUUUAAAUCAAUCACAAGAGAGAAAAGGUGUUCAACGAGACAGGAUUGCUGAUAUAAAUGCUAACCGAGCUGGAGAAACCGUUAGUAUCAGAGCUCGCGUGCAUACUUCGCGCGUAACUGGUAAAAUUGGGUUUUUCGUCUUUCGACACCAAGACUCCACGAUUCAAGGGGUUCUUCAAGUUGACGAAAAAAUUGUUAGUAAAGGUUUUGUCAAGUUUGCUGCCAAUGUUCCGAUUGAAUCGAUUGUCAUCGUUGAAGGUGUUGUAAGCAAACCAAGUGAAGAAAUAAAGAGUACAACAGUGUCUGAUGCGGAAUUACAGAUAAAGAAGCUUUAUGUGGUUCACGAAACUAUUGGUCGUCUUCCAUUUUCUUUAGAAGACGCAUCGCGAUGCGAAGAGGAAACAAACAAAGAGGAUACUCAAUUCAGCCGCGUAACUUUGGAAACCCGAUUAAAUCACCGUAUUGUAGAUCUCCGCACCACUGCGAAUCACGGAAUUUUCAGGAUUCAAUCUGGAGUUUGUCAAUUGUUUCGUGAAUUUCUUUUAUCAAAGUCAUUUAUUGAAAUUCAUACUCCAAAGAUACUUGGUGCACCUAGUGAAGGUGGUGCAAAUGUGUUCGAAAUAAAGUAUUUCAAAGGCAACGCAUAUUUGGCUCAAUCACCUCAAUUUUAUAAACAAAUGUGUAUUUGUUCCGACUUUGAACGUGUAUUUGAAAUAGCUCCUGUAUUUCGUGCCGAAGACUCCAACACACAUCGCCAUAUGACAGAGUUUGUCGGUCUUGAUUUGGAGAUGGCCUUUGAGGAGCAUUAUCAUGAAGUACUUGAUAUUCUUGAUGAACUAUUUGUUUUCAUUUUUGAUGGUCUAAAGACUAGGUAUGCUUCUGAGAUUGAGACGGUAAAACGACAAUAUCCAACGGCGAACUUUGAAUACCUUCCAAAAACAUUAAGAUUGGAUUUUAAAGAGGGUGUUCAAUUACUAAGAGAUCAUGGUAUCGAAAUGGAUGAUUUAGAAGAUUUAAGCACUGAAAAAGAAAGGCUUCUUGGCAAAUUGGUCAAGGAGAAAUACAACACCGAUUUUUAUAUGCUUGAUAAAUUCCCAUUGGGUGUUCGCCCGUUUUAUACAAUGCCAGAUCCUAAUGAUAAGAACUAUUCAAAUUCUUACGAUUUUUUCAUGCGUGGGCAAGAAAUUCUUUCGGGUGCACAACGUAUUCAUGACCCUAUAUUAUUAGAGGAGAGUUCCAAAGCACAUGGCAUAAAUUUACAUACAAUUCAACCUUAUGUUGAUUCAUUUAAAAGAGGUGCGCCACCCCAUGCUGGUGGUGGUAUAGGUUUAGAACGAGUGGUAAUGCUUUACCUAAAUCUAGACAACAUACGUAGAUGUUCAUUAUUCCCUCGUGAUCCAAAACGACUUGAACCCUAA